ACGUUUCAUUAUCCUCUGCAUUUCAGUACUAAUACAUUUCGUAAGAGAGAGCUCUGUUGAAUCUGGAAGAAUGGUAGGAUUGACUCGUGACAUAAAACCUUUUCUACAAGCAUCGAGACUUUUUGGAUGUGGACCACACGUUAUAACCGAUGAAGAUAUUUUAGUGACUAAACGUGGCAUGAUAUAUACGUUUUUGUGGAUGUCCGUAUAUUUGAGUACCUGUAUCAUCGGUCUUUAUUUAAUAAUUAUUGAUACUGACGUCGAAUACAAGAGUUUUUUGUUGACUCUUGCGAGAACAAGUUUAUCUUACAUUUGUCUUUUCACUGAUGCUAUUCUCUCGAUUGUCUGGAAUGGGAAAAUUCGUGCUGCCUUUGCCCAAUUACGAAACUUCGAUCGCACUACCAGAUUUAAUGAACGUCCAACUAAAAGCAAUAAUGCACGUCGCAAAUGUCAAGCUUUAGUCUUAAUUACUUUCUUGGUUUGGUUUGCCGUUGGAUAUACAAGCUACUGUUGCGAAGAAUCUGCCCCGAUGUUUAAUGGAAUUACUUAUGGGUUGGUGAACGCGGCGAUAUCAAUGCAGCUACUGAAAUUUGUUGGGUUGUCCUUCGUCCUCUAUCAAAGGUUUCGAAGGCUCUGUGAGAUACUAUUACUUCCUGAAGAUGGAAAGAUCAUGGUGGUGGAUCAAGCGAGAAUGAAUUUUCGUUUGGAAGAAAUAUGGUGGUUACAUUGUUGUUUAUCUAACGCUACUCAAACAGUUAAUUCGGUUUAUGCAGCUUCACUUUUCUUUUGGAUCGUCAGUAUGUCUUUUAAUACUCUUUCAAGACUUUACACAAUCAAUGGACGGGAUGUAUUGCCGACUUUAUUACUUGUACGAGAAUCCUUGUUAAUUUCUGCUUGCGUUGGCAAUUUAUUUUUGAUCAUAGCGAUUUGUCAUGCUACUGCAUCUCAGGCAAAUGAGGUUGGAAAAAUAGCCUUUUCACCUCUCUCAUCCGUUAUUGGAAAACGAAAUUUCACACAGGAUAACAUCGAGGCUGCUGCAUAUUUUCAACUAAGGAAAGUCUAUUUUUUUGCUGCCGCUGGUAUGAUUCGUAUCGAUCUGUCUCUUCUUCUUUCGAUAGCUUCGGGAAUAAUGACAUAUCUGGUGAUCUUGCAUGCCAAUAACGUGUGAUCUCCAACAUCGAAGAUGAACUUCCACUCUGAUUCUCAUUGUUUGAUUAAUUUCCACGUGACAGAUUGUUUUGUUGUCAUUUUAUUGAUGUAACCAGUAUUUA